GAGUGAUAAAGUUCGGUGUCUGUAAUUUGUGAUCGAGUAGCCCCUGUCUCGAUGACUCAUACUCUGACCACCAUCGUGACUUUUUACAAAGUCGCGUUCCAGUUCCUUACGAUUUCGCAAAUGCUGUGGUGAAUCUUCGCGCCAUGAAACUUGCUAUUGUGGGGGGUGGUGCAUCCGCCUUUUAUGUCGCAUCAAGGCUGCUCUCUCGUCUGUCGCAGGAUGCGCACCGAAUCCACGUAUACGACCGUCUCUGGGCGCCUCAUGGACUGGUCAGAUACGGCGUAGCUCCAGAUCAUCCAGAAGUCAAAAAUUGCACUCACAAGUUCGAUGAAACGGCCACUGAUCCACGGUUUCGUUUUUUUGGAAACGUGAAUAUCCAGCACCAGCCAGAGCAGAAGAGCGCCAUUCAGCAUUCUGUCCAGCUUCCACUGUCAUCGCUGUACGCCAACUACACUCACCUUCUCUUCGCAUCUGGAUGCCCCCUUCCUACCCUUCACCCUGCUCUACCACCGUCCUCGCAUUGUAUACCAGCUCUUGAUGUGGUACACUGGUACACACAACACCCAUCAUCUCCCGGUGUACCACCCCUAGAACGUUUGAAGCACGUAACUCUUAUAGGAAACGGUAACGUGUCGCUAGAUGUUGCCCGAAUGCUACUCAUACCUUCGGAUGUCCUACGACCGUACGACGUACCCGAGAGUGUCAUGUCAGUGCUUGAACGUUCAAGCAUCGAACAUGUGUCCAUUGUUGCGCGCAGAGGGCCUUUUGAUGCUGCCUUUACCACCAAAGAACUCCGCGAGAUGAUCAAUCUCCCAGACGCGUCUAUGGUACCCAUACCACCCGAGCUUCUUGUAGCUCCUACGGGAAAAGAGGUUUCUCGGGCGCAAAGCAGAAGCAUACAGCUUAUGCAAAAGGGCUCCAAAAACCCAUACGGGUCGACCAAGAAGACCUGGUCCCUCGAAUUUUUCCGGUCUCCAGUCGGAUUAGCAUCCACGGACCCACUUGGGCCUGCCGAAUUAUCGCUGGCGCAUACCAUCAUUGACCCGGCUAAUCUACGACGUGCCAUCCCUACAGGAGAGACAUCUACAUUAUCCACAGAUCUUGUAAUCACUUCUCUGGGUUUCCACGCUGACGAUUCCUCAUCUCCGUUCCACGAUUCGUCUCUGGGCCACCUACGAACUGAGGCCGGACGCGUUAUCAUCCCAGACCUACCCGGUGGAAAGGAUCUCGUUACUGGUAGCGUCUUGAAGAAUAUGUACGCGUCUGGCUGGGCAUCGAUGGGUGCCAAAGGCGUCUUGGCGGCCACCAUGAUGGACGCUUAUGGGGUUGCUGAUACAAUUUUAAGUGAUCUAGAUAAUGAGGAUGUUGGUGAAGAAGUCUCUUUGAUGAACCCGAACCCCCAUCCGACGGAUCCACCAACCGAGAUUGAUGCUGCAGCUGGAAGUGUGGUGGGGUAUGAAGAUUGGAAGAAGAUAGAUCGAGAAGAAAUUCGCAGAGGUGAAUCAUGCGGCAAGGAGAGGAUGAGGAUGGGGUGGCAAGAGGUGAGGGAGUUUUUAGGACGGACGUCUUAGUAUACAUCGCCCUAAGUGACCUCUAAUAAUACUUGAACAAUAAGCUCACCUCUUUAUGAUACAUACCCGACGCCCGAGAGUCGAGACGCAGGCCCCAGGGCCCGGCAGUCCUAGUCACCGGGUAGAAAAAUAUGGCGCAGCAAUUGCUUAACACUAAAAUUGAAACGUCAGAAUGCGGAUUCCGAUUGGACACAUUGGGACUUGAACCCAACACCUCCCGCAUGCUAAGUGGGCGUGAUAAAC